CGUGGCUCGAGUGUUUUGGUGUUGUCGGUUGAUGAUAAGCAAUCCCCACACAUAAAUUCUUUCCUAUAGCAAUAAACAAUACUAAAAGCCUGAUAAGGAAUGUCAGUCACUGACCCGUUAAUAAAGGAUUUAAAAGGUUUCGUUCAGCAUUUUUUAACACUCGCUAAUGAAAACGUCAAAAUAGUGGACAACGACUUUUACUUCGUCUCAUUUGCCCAAACUUUGGAGAAAAUUUUCAAUAAAGGCAUCAUCAGGCAACAAAAUACGAAAUAUUUCAACAGAACUAUCGAUCCUUACGUUUGGAUGGUGAGUCUAGCUAAAUCCAACGCCGAAGCAAACUUGACCUACUCAAGCUGCGUUGAAAACGUAAGAAUUAGAAAAGACAUUCAAAGUAACGAUGGGAGGUUUAGGCUUCUGAUAAAAUAUUGUUUGGCAAGGAGAAUUGUGCAUGUACCGGUGGAACUGUUGGUGGGGCAACGAUAAAGCUGAUAAAAUAAAUACUCUUUUCAAGAGUCAAUGGCAAGCCUUCCGGACGUUGCGCUCCGCACUUCGGACAUUUCCGGGAUUUUGCCGCACGGGUUUGGGAACAAUCGGGUGUUUUCGGAGAUAUUUCCCACGCCUUGAAUUUUGACGUUUGUGAAUUCUGACAGUCAGGUCAGUGAAUGUAUUCGUGUUGUUUUGCGAAAAUGUACCCAAAAACUAACGGUCGUAGAAAAAGUAUAGUAUGCAACACGUUCGGCAAACUUUUUAACUUACUCGUUUAUUAAACACUCGCUCCGCUCCUGCCAAAUAAACUCGGGAGUCAAAUGCCGCUUACCGCACUUGUUGCAUAAUAUACUAUAACCUAUUACGGUAUAUUCAAAAGAUAAUAAUAAUCGUAUCUGUUAAAUGUUCUGACAUUGCAAGGCCUACUAAUAUAUAAACAAAAAAUGCCCUAUAUUUCCUCCAUUUUUCAUCACAGAUACCAACAAAUCUCUAUGGCUGAAAAGGGCUCGACACUGGCAUUUUUUUAAGACCAUAGCCAAUUAUGAUUGAUCUAUUUUAUAAGAAAGUUGUUUUCAUUUGUGAGAAAACGGAGAACUGCAGAAAAAAAUCUGAUCACGCCACUGAAUGUGCCUUAAAAAAUGCCUCAAUAAUCAUGUUACUAAUUUUUUAAAUAAAAAAGUUAUGGGCAAUUUUCAAAUGGACCGAAAAUUGGAAAACUCGCCAUGCGGUUUUAACCAAUAAAUAUUUGUCCAAAAAUGAAUCCUUGACAUGUAAAUCGAUUUUGCUCUAUCUAGUUCAGAAAUAUGGUUUUCCUAUUAAAACACUUCAAUUACGACCAGCACAUGCAGGGAACUGUAUAUAAAAAAAAUCAUAAAUAUAAUACUAAGAACACUAAAAAGUGUAACCGAAAAAAACUGUUUAAUUAAAAACUACCUCACCAACAUAUUUCUCGUAAUAAAAUUAGGGCAAAAUCAAAGUCUUAAAACUGACAGUUGACAACAACAACCGACAUUAAAACUUUUUAAAACUGCUUAAAAUUAUAAGCUGAUUUAUAUUUUGUCUUCAUGUCAAAAUAGCAUAUGUCUGUCUUAUUUCCAUUACGAAUUUAAAAACCGCACCUUAAAGAUCGGUUUUGUCUAUAGACCAGAAUUAAUUUUAAGAGAAGGUUUAAGAGAAAAAGAAGGUUUUGAUCUAUAUCUAUAAAAUAUUGUUCCUGCUACUACUAUACUACACUACUAUACUAUACUACUAUAUAUACACAAUUAUGCCCUAAUCAGGUGUGCGUAAACACUUUGCUAUCCACUUCGAGCAUUUCCUGUAUUGUAGAAACAGUUUUGGAACUCCUUUAGACUAAAGUGUCGUUUUGAUGCAGAAUAUACAUUAGUCACGAGUUUGUUUAGGUGUGAGUGUACGAGUGCUCACUAAACGAGUGACAGAAGAAGUUGGAAAACUGUUGCAGACUUUAUUUUUUCUACUAUCAUUAGUUUUGGGGUACAUUUUUACAAAAUAGCACGAAUACAUUCAUUAAGUGACGUAUGACGUGACUAUCAGAACUAACAAACGAUACAAUACCGGCAAUGUUUGAAAUCUACCGAAAACUUCCGAUCGCUCCCAACUCGUGACUAAAGUACCAGGAACGCUAGAAGUGGCUCGUGACAGUGUUUAUCAAUCAUUUUAUCAAUUUUAGGUGAAAACUAGAGAGGUGCAUUACUUGUAUUCGACGGAUUCAAUCAUCGGAGACGAAAUAUUAUCGGAAAUAUUUCUGUCUGCAUUGAAACCGGUCUCAAAAAUACCAUUCAUUUUUAAAUUAACCAACUCGUCGUUUUUAGACUGCACUUGGUAUAUCCCGAGAAUAUUGGAUUUUGAGUUAGUACCGUGCAAAAAUUUGGGAAUCAGCGUGAGGUAACUACCCGAUCAAAUGGUAAAACGGGUUUCUAAUGAUGGCAAUAUAUCCAAAUAACUACAGACACGAAAAUAUCUCAGCUCCGCCUACAUGGAAACUGUGAAUUGAAGUCCCUCACUAUAUUAGUAAUAAUAAUAAGUAAUAACAAGUUUAAGGUGUUGUUUUUGCUCAUUAACUUAAUUCCAAUUUUUGGACAAUUUAAAAAUUAUAUCAACACCGAAGAAAUAUUUUAUAAUUAUACUUUAUAAUUACUACCUUUAUAAAGUCCUAAAAUUAAGAAUAUAACAUCAUAGUGAAUAGUUAUUUAAUUAUUUAGAUAAAAUAAAACAAAUAAAAUUGCAGAAGACAAUUAUAUAUUAAUUAUAAAUUAUUAUAAAUUAUAUCAUAAAUGAUUUUUAUGCGCUUAGAAUAUGACGUGUCCCUUGGAUGUAAAGUCAUUGUUUCCUUGAUUAAUAUGAACAAAUAAAAAACAAAAAGAUAUUGGUCACAGACUGCCUCGCGUUUCCAUUGGAAAAACGAGGCAUGCACUUAAUUGGAGAAAGUAUUAACGUAUUAUUGGCGCCAAUCUGCGACCUCUGUUACGUUGGGUCAGCGAUCGAGGCUGUAGUUUGAUAAAUUAAGUUUUAUUGAAAUAUCCGAUUGAGAUUUUUUCGCUGUUAAUAAACUUGAAUUGGUUUGAAUUUAAUACGUUUUAUAGAUUGAUUAGAUGAGAGCAAAUAUUUACUUUACUAAUCAACCACUGUAUAAUAGAAAAGUGAUCAAGAUUAAAAGGUAAAAAAUUGAAUGGUACAAGCAAAUAACAUUGCGAAUGCUAUCUCGGUACGAGUAUUCCCUAUAAAGUAUGUCCCAGAAGACGACGAUCAAACUUAAGGGAGAAGAAGAAGUCAUUUAGAAUCAAAAUAACUUUAAUUGUCUUUGUCUAAUUGUUGUCCAA